AUGGCAGGAUCAGCUGGUGGUCGCGACCAACCCUCUCACGAUCCGACAGGCAACUUCGCCGGGUCUGGUGCCUCGCACUUCGCUUCCUCCUACUACCCUAUCGACACCGAGCUGACCAGCAUGUCACCCAACUACCCGAUGCCUGCCUAUGCGCGACCGAUGGAAGAGGGGGUAGCUUCAGUGGACAAGAUCAACCAUGGAGCCAUGAACAAUAACUUGUCCAUGGGUCCGAACGGUGCAGCAGCUUCCCCUGCUACGGACCCAGCGAUGGCCCCUCCGCAGACACCAAACCAGCCAACCGUUCCCCCAGGUGGCGCGCGGUCAAGUAUCGACGCAGCCUCUGAGGCUCCUCAAGACCCUCAAACUGGUGAUAAGAGAAAGCGUUCAAAGGCCUCUCGUGCAUGCGACGAAUGUCGUAGGAAGAAGGUUAAAUGUGAUGCACCAACUGAGGCGGAUGGUACUCCAAAGACAUGCACAAACUGCCAGAAGGCUGGUGUGAACUGCGAAUUCGAGCGCAAGCCGAUGAAGCGUGGUCCUAGCAAAGGAUAUAUCAGUGCGCUGGCAGAACGAGUUCACGGAUUGGAACAAAAGCAGAGGCAGUCACUGGAUGCCGGUCCUGUAGGGUUCGCCGAGAGUUUUUCGCCUGAUGAGGCAAGUGGUCCAGCUUUUCAACGAGCCUCAUCUUUCUCCGCUUCCACCACUGUCAACCCAUUUUCCAGAGCCGAAUUUCAGCGGGAUCGCAUUCCAAGCACUGGCGGCUGGGGCAUCACUUCGAUCGCUCCUAACCUUCGAUCGCGUGCCAGUGGAAGUCUCGCCAUCGCUCCCAACGAAACGUUUCCAGCUGCGACACCUGAAGAAGAGGCCAACCCGAAGGCUGAAUUUCGCGAUUCUACCACUUCACUCUCUAGCCAAGCCAACAGCUCUCACCGUGCCAAACGCCCGCGCAUCCAGGCACCCAACGAAGACAUGUUACCAGUCAGAAUGGAUCAGCCGUUUCUCGCCAAGUACUAUGAGCAGUAUCAUCCGCUCUUUCCUUUGCUGCCCGAUCACGACAUUGUCAAUGCCGUCGUCAGUGGAGCCGAUACCGAGAUGCAACAUGCAUUUGUUGUCGCUGUCGACCUGUUGCCAGACCUGAGAGCCGGAGUCACCCUCAACGGCGCUCACGAGUCCUCUUCCUCCUUGAAUCACGACCUCGACCCAGCCAUCAGCCGUCCGACUCGCACCCUCACCUCUACGCACUUUGCGGACUACGACAAGUUGCUCGAGUAUCUUUGCAGUAGUGUCAACGGGGUGCCAAUGACUCAUUCGCUGAACACUAGUCUGACAUUGGCUUGGGCUCUUGCCUUGAUCUCGGUGACCUGUGAGAACGAUGCCAAGCAUCUUGGAGACGACGGCGUCAAGUCGAAGCUAGAAGUCCUCAACCAUAGCCGACUCACCUUGAAUCAUCUGCGAGCUGGAGCCGUUCGUGGCGGCGAUAUACCAAUCCCGUUCUCCGAUCAGCCAGGUUACAUCGACACGCUCAACUUAGCCUUGAACUGUGUCCUUCUCUCGAGCAAAUACCACUUCUUGAGCCUUGCUCUUCAUCCAACCAACGAGAUCCACCAACACUACCUCUCAAUUCGAAGUGAAGACAUUGAUCCUAAGGCGCUUACUGUUGAAGCGGCAUACAUGCAAACCAGCUCAAACCAGGUUGAACUUCUCGCUCAGAUUCUCUGGCCUUACGAGGGUACCACUGCAGAAAAACGGUUCUCUCAUAAGGCCUUUUUACAGGAGUACUUUAACUCUCACCUUCUCAUCUAUGCAGGAAGCCUCGGAGACUCUGCGAUUGUCAAGCAGUUCCACUGGUUCUUGGAGGUUAUGCUUAGCCCAUAUCAGCCAGUGACGCCCCCAUUCCCAACCCCUAUUCUCGAUGGUGCCGUCAACUUGGCUAGGGUUCUUAUUGAAGACGCAAAGGCAACCUCUAGCGCCCCACGGUACAACCCUCUUGACCUUCACACCUGGUCUGUGGCCGCGAUCACUCUCAGCGAAAUCGUCGCCGAUGUGAGUCGUAAGCCGAUCGUCGAUUAUGCACGCAAGCACCUCGCAGACUUGCGUACGGAGCUCCAGAAGAAGUCGGACGCAAUGCACAAGCAUUAUGAUUUUGAGUGGUUCUUUGGGGGAAACGUCAAACACUGGACUGACGGUCUCAUGUCGAUGAUCGACUACGUUAUGGAAGAACAUCCUUCUGCGGUUGAUGAGAACAGAAACAGCAGUGCGAUCUUGGUCCCCAACUUUGCAGAGAUGAUGGAGAAAGGAUGGUUGCAAACUCUUCUUUACUUUGUGGACAAAUGA